CAGAUUCCUGAUUAGCCCUGAUCCAUACUGAACUUCUGAAAGCUGUAGCUGCAGUGUGUCCCCAGAAGACCAUGCAUUGAUUUCUUCCUCUCCAAUUUACACCAAGAAUUUAAGUAUGUUCAAUAGUGACAUUUACUCGUGGAUGCAUUACACUUCAUAUGAUAGACAAUAGCCAGCAUUAAUAUCAAGCAGACUGUAUUUUACCAAGGGAAUAAUGCCAGCUGGUUUCGUAACAAGCAGUGAGUGGACCUGAUCACAGUCCUGGCAUUCAGGAACACCCUCGCUUAGCUGGCAGGAAUUUGAGCAAAAACAUGCUAAAAUCUCCUCGGGAUUGGUUACACAAAUCAUACCUCGCUGUGGCUGACUGGACAGGUAAAAAAGGUGCCCACUCUGAUGAAAGCCACCUCUGAUGAUGAUACUGCAUGUCCCGGGUACCUGUUUGAAGAAAUUGGCAAGGUGUCCCAUGAGUCCGUGGGAGGCUGUCAGUGUCUGCUGCAGUAUCUCCUGGAGAGGCUGCAGAGUGAGUCCUGCCAUGUUAAACUGAAGGUGCUGAAGAUCCUUCUCUACCUCUGCAAUCAUGGCUCGCAUCACUUCCUGUCUGAGCUCCGCAGAAACGCCACCUUCGUCCAGGAAGUGACUGUGUUCAGUGGCCCUCCCGACCCGGUCCAUGGAAUCGCAUUGUACCAGAGAGUGCGGGCUGCAGCCCAGGAGCUGGCCAGUGUGUUGUUCUCUGACUCGGUGCUGCCCCCUCCUGCUCUGUCUCCCUGCAAAGCCUCUGUGCCCGCAGGAAUGGGCUCAGGGACGGGGCUGAACUCUGGAAUGCAAGGCUUUGGAUACAGCCCCGGCAGAAACGUCUCCACAGAGGGCACUCUUCUGGACAGGAUCCAGAAAGCUGCAGAAGUGGUGGUCAAUGCCAUCCUUCCUCCCAUGGAGCUUCCCACCUCCUGCCUCCACGACAUCAGCUACCAGCCUGUGAUGGCGCCCUCUGCUGCUGUGGAGGCCUCGGUGCAACUGUCGACUACCCCCCUGCCCUCCCACAGCAUGAAAGCUCAACAGAGGCGUCCUGGCCUGGCCGGGGGAGGCUGGGAGGAGAGCGACAGUGGACACAGCUCCCAGAACUCCUCUCUGGAGAAUGGGGAUCUCGGCAGGGCGUCUGUGGGCGGAAGCAGCAAGUCAGGGACUGAUAGCCAAUCAGGAGCCAGCAGAGAGAGCGGGGAUCUCUCUGAAAGGGUGGAGGCCAUGCAAUUGGGGGACUGUGCCCAGGAAAUGAUGCUGAUCAGCACCCUGUCCCAGGGCUCAAAGGUCUUCCUGUCCAGAGACGAGACACAGCACUUCAUCAAGGAGUAUGUGCAGAAUAUGUGGUGGCAAUUACAAGAUUUGUCCACCAGGUGUGCAAUCCUGAACUGUGAGGUGGUGGUGCAGCUGCUCAGCAAGAAGCUUCAGGACCCUGCAGAAACCGUCUCAAUGAGGUGUCUAUGUGCCCUGGCCUGCUUGAUGUCAUCAGACCUGCUCUCCCUUGACCGGAUUUUUGCAGUGGCCCAGAAGCCCUUGCUGCAGCUGAGCAAAGGUUCUGCAGGACCUGUGGCUAACAAAGCAACAAAGCUCCUGCGGCAGUUCGAGGCGCUGACAGCAGGUGGGAGACUGAACAGCAGCACCUCCUCCUCUUCUCUCCCCGCGAUGUUGCCCCAGCUCCGAGACAGGUCUCCCGACUCGAGGGCCAGUGGAGCCCUCUUACUGCUCUCUCACACAUCCUCGCAGGGGUCAGGGGCCUCCGCCUCAAAUUCAGGGUCAAAAACAGACAGCCAGAUCUUGCAAACUGAGUCAGCUCUGCACAGUUCCAGCGUGGAAACAGACACAUGUAGUGACUCCUGCUGCCCGCAGCGAUUCGAAGACACUUGUUUGACAGACAGCAGGGACUCCCAGGACAGUGAAAACACAAACUGUUCACACAAACAGCAGAGGGACCCUUCAGAUGCCAAUUCUGAUUCAAGUUCUGGUUCAGUUGAGCCGCCCCUUGAACCUGUUGCUGGUAAUCUCUGUCUGUUUAGCGGGAUGGAGCUUGUUACUAGAGGAAAGCUAGUGACUGCCAGUUCCAACGGAGGGACGACCACACAGCCUUUAAACUGCACUACAAAACAAAAUAAAAAAACUGCAGGUGCUGCAGAUUCUACAGACUGUACCACAAACAGCGUCACUGGGUCUCCACAGCCUGACACUGAACACAAGCACCUGUCUGCCUUCACCUUCCUCAACGUUUAAAAUGCCAAGUCCGACGUCUGCCAACAAAGUUAAAUAACCAAAAACCUACUUCAUUAAAGCAAUUAUUGUUUAUUUUUUGACACUGUUUUCUAUGAUUAAAACUUUUUUUUUUUUUUUUUUUUUUUUAAUUUAAAUCAAGUACACCUAGAGAGGCUGACUCAUACUGAAUUGAAAUGUUCUGUAUUUAAAUCCAAGUCCCUAUUCAUAUUGAAGUGAAGUAUGGAACAGAUCGCUGUGCUAGGGCAUAGUGGAGUCCAGUAUUCAGAACACAGUGUCUUGAAUUCACCCAAUACUGGCAUUCUGAAUACCCAGUUUACAAAGUGGAAUUUAAUUCCCAUUUGGGAUAAUGUACUAAAACUGAAUCUAGUAGUCAAAUCAUAUUACUGUUACUGACUAACCAUAGGUAAGUAAAGCAAAUCCCUGUAAAAACCUACACAAUGCUUUGAUGUGGGUAAAAGCUGUAUCUCAUCAUCAGGUAACAAGACCAUUCAAGUGCAGGUUUUACACCCCCCCUCUCCUGUGUAACAAUGCAAAGAACUGUAAUUCCACACUGAAAAUAAAGUAACUCCCUGUGAUAAUGCAA